CAAUUCCAUUCACUUACGGUCAUAUACCCACCCCAAACGGCAAACCAACAGAUGCUCAAGGCAUGACCACUGAUCAACUUCACGAACGGGACGUAUUCCCACGUCCGUCUCAUCACGACAUCCAGUCCACAUGGGAGAAACUCUUUUCUGACCCACUCAUAUCACUCACCAGACUUAAGUCUAGGUCGCUAGAUAAAGCUGGUUUAGGGCCAGCUGGGCCUGAUGGAGGUGUUAUCCUGCGAUCUGUUUAUUGGAGGUUCUAUCACAGUCUCCUACCACCUCCUACAUCCUUAGACCUCUUCCCGCAAGCCCUUGAAGCUUCACGCGAGUCUUACAAUGCUCUCAGACGACGAUACCUUAUCGCGCCUGAUGGCCGAUGGGCUUCAGACUGUUCCGGGUUCGAUGAAUCGCUCUCCCCUACCUCCCCAACCCAUCGUACUUCCCCUAGGAUAGCCUCUCCGGUCCAUGACUCUCCUUUACAACCCAGUGACGGCUGGGACCCGUUAUCGUUAUCAACAUCCUCACCUUGGAAAACUUGGUUCGCCCAUACCGAACUUCGAGCGACGAUCAGGCAAGAUGUCGAGCGUACAUUCCCUGACAUGCCGUAUUUCCAGCUCGAGAGGGUACAGAGGUGCAUGACAACGGCAUUAUUUAUCUUUGCUGUGCUCAAUCCGGAUGUGGGGUACAGACAAGGUAUGCACGAGCUCUUUGCUUGUUGUUUUAUGGCGGUGGAUAGAGAUUCUCUGAAGGUGGUAAACAAAGCCGACGGACAGCAGAAAGAGGCUAUGAUCAAGACUCUAGAUAGAAGAUAUGUGGAGCACGAUGCGUUUGAGCUGUUUUUGGCGAUCAUGAAGAACGCUAAGGCGUUUUACGAGUGGAGAGCAGAGGAAGGACCGAUUAGAUCUAGAACGGCUACUGCACCCCAAGCGCCUAUCAUCGUAAGAUGUAAUAAUUUGCAUACGUCUCUCUUGAGGCGAAUAGAUCCCCAGCUUUACGAACGUUUAGAGACCGAAGGGGUAGAGGCGCAAAUAUGGGCCAUUCGAUGGAUCCGACUCAUCUUCACCCGUGAAUUACCCUUCAAUGUCGCGAUGAGAUUAUGGGAUGGAAUCUUUGCUGAAGAUCCCGGGCUGCAAUUACUUGACCAUAUCUGUAUUGCAAUGCUCCUGCUCGUGCGAAAUGAGUUGAUCGACGCCGACUAUCCCUCUUUGCUCACCAACUUGCUUCAUUACCCGGCCCCAUCAUCCGCAUAUCCUUUUGAGCCUUUUUUGAUACUUGCCCAAGCUCUAUUCUUGCGAAGUGACACAUCGCCAGCUGCGGGGGUAGAGAUAGUCAUCCAGAAUCAAGACCUUUUAGACGUCAAAGCUGCCCCGAAAAAUCAAGAAAUGGACGUAAACGGCCCAAGAAGUCACAACUCCAGGUUUGCCGAUGGGAGGGGUAAUGGGCGCACAAUGUCAGGAACGGUGAAAGAGAGGUUACAGAAAGGUGGAAUGGGAGGUUUGGCCCAGGGGCUAUUUGAAAGAGCACAGGCAGCAGGGCUGGACAAGGCGUUUAUAUCUACUGUCAAUGACUUUAGGAAAAAUUUGCCAGACUCCACAACUGCAUACUCAUACCUUCCCAACCUUCCAUUCUCCCCAUCUCACUCCCCUGGACCACGUACAUCAAGUCCCUUUUCAGCCAUUCCUAACUCUGCCUCAGCUCUUCCCUCUCGGUCUUUCUUGUCUCAUUCACCCUCCACGACCAAUAGCAUUCCUCCUUCCCGCCCAGCUCUUCAGUCUCGCUCAUCCACUGAUAGCCACGCAUCUCAAAUAUCUGUGAAAACGAUCAAGGACGCAGAGCGAGAGAUGGCAGAGCUGCGAUUGGCCAUGCUGGGUAUGGGCAAAGCAAUGAGUGAGUGGUUGGACGUGUUGAAUAACCCAGAACAACACCUGGAAAAAAGUGAAAGGGAAAACGCAUGGAAGGGUCUGGAAAGAGUCAAGGAGACGUUGAUUGAUGCGGCAGGGAAAGAAGUGGAUGAGAUUGUCAAGGAGUGGGGAUGGCAUGAAGGGUUGGAAGCUUCGAGUAGCCGAUCAUCUACUCCAGCCCCGUCAAUCAUGGUCCCGCCUCUUGAAGCUCCAGUCACCGAGCCAGAGCCUAGUCCUGCGACAGUAGUCGCUGCUUCUGGACCAUCAAACAUAGAAUUCGAAGAAGCCACACCCACUCCACUCAGUGUUGCAGUCAUGCCCACAACUCCGCGGUUUCUCUCUGCCUCUCGGCACAGCGUAUCACCCGCAAGCCAAGAUAAUUCUUCAGCAACGUCCGGAGGAGAAAAGCGAUCAUUAACUCAAACGGUACGAGGGGACGGACCUAUUUCGGGUUUACCAAGGGUACCUCACACAGCUCCUAUCAACUCGGAAUCCACCAAGUAUCGACCGGAAGAGGCAGGGAGGCCUGCAUCAGCUGGCUUAGGUAUCAUCUCUGUCGACGAGGAAGAGCAUUCAAAAGAUCAGUUACCCGCCAACGUUGAUCCGCUCGCUGGUCUGGGCACAAAGGUGAGGAAUAGUCGGAGACAGGCAGGAGCUGGCGUAGAUCCGUUGUUGGGGAUGGAUAUCCAGUGACCCAGCAGGAUAGAGGAAGUCCGAUGAAGAUGAGCAUUUUGUAUCUAUCGUGAUGUAUCGUUUGCCUGCCUUUGUAAUCGGUAUGUAAGAACGGUGUAACUUUUCGUGGCUCAAAAGUAAUAUGCAUUAUAGUAUAAGAAGAUUAUGACAUAUCCCUUCAUACGACCUUUUCAAAAGAAGUCAUCCAUGUUAAAGUCCAUCCCCCCCUGCUGCACGUCCUGCUUCAGGUCCUUCAUCAAGUUUCCAAUCUUUCGCUCUGCCUUCGGUGACAAGCUUGGCUCCUUCUUCUCUUCUACAAUUGUCGUCGGUUCUUCCAUCUUGAUGUCUCCGUUCAGUAUCUUAGGAGGAGUAGUGACUUUGCCACCGUCAUUAACGGGAGGCGAUGAAACCCUUGAGCUUCCCCCACUCUCUGCUAGUACAUCCAUAUCCAUGAAUAGAGAGCCAUGAGGUCGUCCACUGGCGCUAGAAAGAAGGAACGAGGGGCGACGACGGUGCGAUGGAGUGAUAAAUGGUUCUUUUUUGAGGUCCGGGGCGACAGAUGCCAUGCUGGUAACUGUAGCCGGCGUAGGAGGGAUGCUUGAGAUGCGGCGAAAACGCACGGGGAAGAAGGGACGCUCGAAGGACCAUGAACGUAGAAGAUCGAGAGCGAGGUCGUGGCAACCUGCCAGUAACUAAUCAAUGAUGGUUCUUUCUAUUCAAACUAGACAGCUGAUACGUACCCAUGCGAAAGAA